UGUCCUGCAAGUCCUACAACAGUAGCUGUUUUCCCUUAAAAAGUAUUUUUCAUGAAAGCUUAAACCUAGAAAUUACAGGCUCUACUUAUCUAGAGAAAAUGUUUAAUAUCGGUGCUAUUUACUAAAUCCUCUCAUCAUCUAUGCUCUUAUCAGUCGCAUAGCGGGUGGUCUCAAAAUUUUGGUAGGCAUCUCUGGAAUUUACUCUUCCAUCAAUUACGGUUUGCUCUCAUGCUUUAUAAUUCUACAAGUAGCAUAUAAGUAAAUACUUACAUAAUUUACGAGAAAGAUGAAUAAAAAAUUCCCUCUCAUAUCAUCGUUCUGUGAAUUCAAUUCCUAAAAUGAUAGAAAGAGAAUGCAUGUCAAUCUAUCUAUGGGAACCAAAGAACUUUCAAAUUCUAAUCAACUAAUUUUACUAGAAAAAUAUAAACAACACUGGUAGAAACGAUGUAGAGGUGCUAACUAAUGUUAGGCGUGUUGGAAGACGCUUGACCUCUGUGUUGACUGCCAAUGGAGAAAAAAAAUGUAAGCCCACUUAUUAGUGUAAAAAUUUAACAGAUUUAGAUUCAUGAAAUGUAACUUGAGUAUCAUGCACAAUCCCCCGCCACUCCACCCCUUAAGAAAACGAUAGAGAAGUUCUUACCCAAUUUAAGAAACAAUUUGUGUAGGAAGAGCUUAUUCCUUCAAGAAAAUAUUUAUAAUCUUCCUGGUGGCACUUGAGAGAAUAACGAGAGAAGAAUUUGCUCCACGAAAAAAAAAGAGAAAGAGAGAGUGCAUAGUGUGUACCGAGACCGUCAGAUUACCUAGAUUACAUUACUUACUCUUUUUGCACUUCCUCCUUAGGCAUUUAAUUAAUUUUUCUUCCUUAUGAAGCCAAAUCUUACUUUAAUUUCAGAAGAGAGAAUCCGAAGGCCCCGAUUCUUCUUCUACCAAAUAGUACAGAAAUUAAAUAAAUACCCUUAUAUACUAAUACAUACCGAAAAACAAAAAGAAAAAAAAACUAUAUUAAUAGGAAAAUCAAGAAAACAACAGAGGUAGAAUUCACCAGAUACAAAAAAAGGUUGUCUUUUUCAGUUCAUUGCAAUCAACUUCUUCCUUCAUUUUAUCAAAUCCUCUUGGUUUUAAUCUGGACGACAUGUUAGAAGAUCAGUCUUGUUUGGUUUCAAAGGAUUGUCAGAGAGAAAGUAACUGGGUGGCUUGCAUGAAUGGCAAAGAGCCAUUGGCAAAUUAUCAGGAGCGUGAACUUGUGAAAUGCAAGUUGCAAAAUAAGUCUGAUGCUUUCAACAGAGUGGAAGUCGCUCUAUCUUUGGGCAACUCUUCAGCAUCCCCGAACGAGCAAGCUGGCAAUAAACGUCAUGCUGGGGAUAAUUCCGAUUCGAGCUCUCUUAUUCAUGCCAUUGGCCGUGACAAUUCCAUCGGUUGUCUCAUUCAUUGUUCUCGGUCGGAUUAUGGCGCCAUAGCAUCUUUGAAUCGUAGCUUUCGCUCAUUGAUUAGGAGCGGAGAACUUUACAAAUUGCGGCGGGAAAAUGGUGUGGUUGAGCAUUGGGUUUAUUUCUCCUGCCAAUUGGUUGAAUGGGAAGCUUUUGAUCCUAGUCGCGGUCGUUGGAUGCAUCUGCCAGCUAUGACUCCUGAUGAGUGUUUCGUGUUGGCUGACAAGGAGUCGUUGGCGGUUGGCACAGAGCUGCUUGUGUUUGGAAAGGAGAUCUUUUCGCAUGUCAUUUAUCGUUACAGUUUAUUGACAAACACGUGGUCAUCUGGGAUGCGGAUGAAUGUACCGAGAUGUUUGUUUGGUUCUGCCAGCAUUGGGGAGAUUGGCAUUCUAGCUGGUGGCUGUGACUCACGAGGCAAUAUACUUAGCUCAGCUGAACUUUACAAUUCGGAGUCUGGAACGUGGAAGACUUUACCGAGCAUGAACAAGCCACGUAAGAUGUGUUCAGGGGUAUUCAUGGAUGGAAAAUUUUAUGUGAUAGGAGGAAUUGGAGGAGCCGAAUCGAAGCGGUUGACUUGUGGGGAGGAGUAUGAUUUGGAAAAAGGAACGUGGCGUGAAAUCCCAAACAUGUCUCCGGUGCAAGCUAACGCUGCUAGGAAUGAUAUGCCCGCUACAUCUGAUGCACCUCCUUUGGUGGCAGUUGUACACAAUGAGCUGUACGCGGCUGAUUAUGCUGACAUGGAGGUGAGGAAGUAUGACAAGCAAAAUAAAGCGUGGGUUACCAUAGGACGGCUGCCCGAAAGAGCAGCUUCCAUGUAUGGUUGGGGUUUGGCUUUUCGAGCAUGUGGUAACAGGCUAAUUGUAAUUGGUGGACCCAAGGGAGGUGCAGAAUAUAUCGAAGUGAAUUCAUGGGUUCCAAGUGAAGGGCCGAUACAAUGGGACUUGCUUGGCCGAAAGCGAUCUGGUAGCUUUGUGUAUAACUGUGCUGUCAUGGGGUGCUGAUCAUUUAAUCCCGGUCUUUUGUCUUUGAUGAUGUUAUCUUGAUCCAUCUUUCUUUCUGUUUUAAAUUCAUGUUUGUUCUUUGCUAGCAAUCUUUAUCGUUGUACUGCAAUAUGCAUUUAAGGGGAAAAAUAGGACGAUGAAAUUCAAUAAUUGGACGCUGACAGACAAGCGUCCUAUCUCAUGUCAUCUUUUUUUUUCCUGCUUUAUAUGAUUGGAUAUGUUUGAAAAAUAGUUGCAUCUUCAUGAAGUCGCCACCAUUACUUCUUGAGAUAUGACAUGCAUGUGUUUUACGUGUUCAUUUCUUCUGAAGUUUUCCAUCAAGUGUUUAGUUAAUUCACUCAUAACUCUUUGCAUUUUGUUAAUUUCUCUCUACAUCUAGUACUGGAACAAGGGGAGGAAAGAUGCACCGCAAUUUGCUGCAAAGAGGAGAAGAGGAAAAGAAGGUGAAGUACGUUGUAAGUCACAACUCUUAGUGCUUGGUAAAAUUAAGGCAGCAUUGCAAACCCUCGUCUCGAAAUAUUUUUAACCUAUUAGACUCUUCACUAACUUUGAAAUUUAAAAUGAUAAUCAAAGAACCUGAACUCAUUUUCUAGUCGGCUUAUAGAGAUUAUUCCACAUGCAACAUCUCUUUUAGCUGUUUCACAAUCAUAAAACGCGAUUAUCGCUUUAAUAGACUUUUAUGUUCAGUCUUGAAAGUUAUUUUCCAGCUGGAUUCUCUUCAUAAGCAAAUCCAUUUGAUCUCUGUGUAGAUUACUGUGACUAAAUCAAAUCUCCAAAUAUUAAAUGAGUGGUAAUUACUUUUCCAGAAUAGCAUCUGAACUUACUCUUGUAUUAUACACUCUGGCCUCUGCAGUAACUUUAUAAUGCAACGAAGAUCUUGGAUUUUUUUUCCA